AUGGAUCAAAGAUCUUCACGAUCUCGAAUUGAUAGAAGUAAAGAAACAGUUCGACAAAAUUGUCUUCAAGACCUACCUCGUAAAAAACGACAAUCUGUUCACGCAAUAAUGCCGCAUACAUCAGGAUCAACAUCAUAUGGAUUAAUAGCAUCAACUGACGAUGAAGAUCCCGAAUUCGUGAAGGAGUUAGAAGAAUAUCAAGAACGACAAGAAGAAGUAGCACACAAGAUUCUUCAAACGAUCAAAACACUUGAUCAUACAAGACCGGAUCUUUUCAAUCCAUGGAUCCAAUCCGUCGAGCGAGCUUUUUCGAAGAUGAAAUAUCUUGAACAUGUUUGGACUAGCCAUGCUGCUCAAUUCCUUGAUAUGGAAUUACAGAAAUGGUACAAAGAUAAUAUAUCUUUAUUUGUUAAUAACUGGGAGGUCUUUAAACAUCAAUUACAAAAUCAUUUUUUCCCUUCUAUUGUUUUAUCAGUGGAUAUUAAUUCGUUAGCAGAAACAGACGAUCAUCAACAAAAAACAUCAGAUAAUCUAAAAUCUCAAAUAGCAACAAAUGAGGUCUUUAAGCAGGAUUCGAACAGAGAUCUGGUCCGAACCAUCGAUUCAUUACCAAAGUAUUCUGGAGGAAUUGAAGCUGAAUCAUGGCUUAAUUCAAUUAUUAGUACCUUUUCCAAACUGCAAUUACGAUCUGAUGAAAAACUUGACUACAUUCCAAUAACUUUACAAG